AUGCGCUUUACUGACAACAUUUUGCAUUACAUAAUACUCAGUCUGGCGGUCGUUUGCACAGCUCUCCUCCUCCUGCUUGACAAGCUUAAAAACAGCGGCCUUUUUGGCAGCAAACUUGACGUUGUUGAAGAGGCCUUCAAUGGUGGGAGGCCGCUUACCCGCAACAUCGUCACCGUUGCAUUGGCAACGUCGUGUGCCUUUUCGCCAAGCAUACUGCUGGAAACCGUGUAUUUGACCAAGGCCAAUGUAAUCUGCCUGAUCAUCGCCAGAGGCCUCAGUGUCCUCAUGUGUGUUUUUCUGUGGAAGAAAAUGCUUACACUGGGCCUAAACAGUAUGGCGGCAUUCAUUUCGUUCCGGUUUAACAACAAAUUUGCCCUUCUUUUUUACUACGUCAAUUCAAUACUGGGAUUCAUCUACCUUCUUUACAUCUACAACGGGCCUCUGCUCUACAGCCUACCGGAAUACAUCAAAUUAAAUCGAGAUGGAUUUUUGCUGUUUGUUGGGUUCGUGUCGUUGUGCAGCUUCGGUGGCAUGAGAAUCGCCCUGCCGCUGUGUUCGAUUCUCACUCUAAUGGAACUCAUUGCAGGGACUAUGCUGAUUGGAAGUACUAGAGGUCUAAACGACAUCUCCAAUACAACAGAUGCCCGACUCUGCCACAGCAAUAACCCUCUACACUCGCUUGCCACCACGUUUCCCCUCUUUCUUACGGUCCAGCCGUUGUACAGUUUGUAUUUCAAUUCUGGUACACAACUGAAGGGUACAACUGCAAUGGUUGCAGGGCUCGGUGUUUACAUAUUGAAGAGCGUGUUUGCUCUCGUAGCUGCUGAGCGCGUCAGGAGAAACGCAAUGAGCUUGAACAUGCCAAUUUUUCGCAUGUUUCACGUAGUAUUCCCCAGCAUCAAGGGAAGUGAUUCUUUAAACCGCCUGCGAGAAAUCCACCCAAGUGACCAAUCACCUAGUGAUUACAUCAAUCUUGUGAGUGCCAUGGGAGCACCAGGACCCUUUUUGUUCAACUGUUUGAUCUACGGUCCUCUGGCAGCCUACUACUCAUUACGUCUGUGCUUGCUUGUUGCAGAGUUGAGCGAGAAAUUUGUUCCCCGUAUCCUUAUUACAUCGGUAAAGUUAAGUGGAGACGAAUUACAACGGAUAUACUUCUCCCUCUACUGCUUCAUGGUAUGCAUUAUCGUCGUGAACCUACUCACAGCGGACCGGUACAUCCUAAUGCCUGAAUACCGUGCGAUAACGCUAUACGUCCCACACAUGACAACUGUCCUCAUGCAAGGAGUAACGGUAAUGAUCGUUUUGGGUGCGUUAGCCCCCAAAGUACGUCCAGUGCAUAUCCUGGCAGCCUGGUGUAUAACCACACUCCUUUCUGUCGCUCCAAUGUGCAUUAUUUUUUGGAAGACCCAUCGCGAUACGGUUUCCGAUGCCAUAAAUGAAUGGGAAGAACCGUCGCAUGAUAAAUGGCUCUGUUAUGGCAUGUGGGCCAGUUUUGGAAGCCUCCUUAUCAAUGGUCUCCUGGCCGUCCUCCUAGUGAGUGUCAUGGAAGGAAGAGCAGUUUGGGUUUCUGGCGAGACGGACACCAAACCCGGCGCAUCAAGUUUCAUUUACACAAUGCGCAAGACCACGCUUUACAAGCGGGAGAAAGACGCUCAGGAGAAAGAAGAGGAGGAGGAGCAGAAAGAGUCUGAAAACAUUUCCUCAGAUUCAGCCAGCAUUUCAAGUGACACAGAGAGUCUUAGUGAUGAAUUGAAGGCAGAGAAAAAAGUAGAGUAA